AUGGCGGCAGCCUCUGACGAGUUACUCGACUUUUUGCUGUCGGGUAUCGCGAUCUGCGGACUCGGAGGUGCUACCAGCGCAGACUUUCGACGUAUUAUCAACGAGUACUAUCACAAAAAAAGGCAAAAGUCCACUUCUGAACACGGGCUUACUGUCGACGACGCUCCAAUCGAUCUUGGCCGCAGUUUCUACGAGCAGGUUUGGCAGUGGGUGACUAACCACCAGGACGUUCGCGUCUACUACAAACGCGAAGCGCGGAGUCUUUCCCUUUUCGAGUUUGAGGAAUUAGAGAGGAAAGAGGGAGCUGACGUCAGUACCGCAUCGGUUGGAGGAUCUGAUCGACUGAGUGGUAGCUCUACUGCGGAGGAGCCUGUUGCAGCCGACCUAACGCGACCGUCAACCAAAUUGACAUCUCUCGGCAACGCAUUACGCCAGCGAUUAUUAGGAGAAGGUCAUCGCUCUGCCGGUCAGCCUGAGCCGCAUUCAGAGGGGACAUCGAUUCUUGGCGACGUUGCUAUAUCCGCGCCGCCACUCAAGCCGCGCGAUUCGCGCCAAAUCCCGAAGAAUGUCCAGGUCUCUCAACCCGCAUUUGACGAGCCAGAUGCCGCUAUUCAAGGCCCGCGUCUAUGCACGAGUCAAAAUCAGACAUGGAUAGCUAUCACAGGUCAUCCGAUCGAUCUGAUAAAAGUGCCUGGUUCGGAGUUCGUCCUGUUGGCAAUCAUAGCAACGAGUGGGCCUGGCGGCAUCUCUCAACCGGAAUUGCAAAAGCUCAGCGGUCAGGACAAGCGCUCUGUGCCGGCUCGAACGGACUCGCUCUACAAGAAAGGCUACAUUGACAAAAGACCGAUUCAAUGGGGAAAGGCAAGGACCAGCCUUUGCACGCAUUAUAUGUACUUGAAAGUUGUGCAGGAAGACCCCAAAAGUGCCAACGACGUGUUUGGUGAUCGGACGCUUAGCCUCACUGGACUGCUUUUCUUGCUGAACAAGACUCUUGAAACCACUUCCGUCGUACAGGUGCGGCAUCUGAGGAAGAAGAUGGGAGUGACAGUGGAACGGUGGAACGGUCGCGCUGUCCGUGGCGCUCUAAUACGCUUGGAACAAACGGGGUAUUUGAGGCGAUUUUCGGUCGAAAAGAGGAGAAAAGAUCCCCGUCUGAAGUCAAACCAUUUCAUUUGCAUUCAGCGACUGCGAGACCCUAUCGAGGACGAUAUCAAGAACCUAAAGUUCAAACGGAUGGCUGGGGCGAGCGCCAGCGACGCCGUUGAAGAGGUACCACCUGAAGAUGAAAAUGCAGGAGACGGCUCCAUGCAGGAACUGGAGCAAGAUUUGAUGAAUGACGGGUCUGAUGAAGACGAGGACGGUGAUGCCGACCGCCGUAUCCCGCCCCAAUGGACACCCGAUCGAUUACUCACGAACUUAGUCGUCGAUGCUGUCGACACCGCUGGCAUAGAUGGUACGGACGCAGCCAAACUACGUGACAUCACGACAGGAUUCUUCUGGAAGCGCCCUAUCGAGUCCCUUGUUACCCGAUUGACUGAUGGCUGGGAUAAAAAUCAGCCGCCACAUGUCCGCCACCUCGCUAUUGUUCGAGAUACGGCAAUGGCAAACGACAAGAAGCGCGUUCAUUACCUGUAUCGCACUCAUCAAAACUUCCAGAAAGCGGUCGAUGCAGGUGAGGUAACAUGGGAAGCGCUGGAACUAGAAGAGAACAAGAAGGGCGCUCGCUCGAAGAAGCAGCAGACUCCAGCUGCUGCUUCAUCGGUCGACAAGUGGGGCUUUCGGCAAAUCAACAGAAAUGACUUUCAUCAGCGCACAGGUUCUUCAUCUUUAUCAGAAUCUCGUGCUGCUAUCGAGAGAAACCGGCGAGCGCCGCGCGACUGGGAAGCGAUAAUUUUGGCUGGGGAGAGCCCUCGAAAGGCGUCCUCAAUGUCCCACCCAGAAGAAGCAGGACCAAUCUCCAAAUCACCCGCGGGAUAUUCUGGCAGCGUUCACAAGAGCAAGGUAAUUCCACGGCCAUUGCUAACACAAGCCGAAAGGCUAGCUCUGAGCUUACCAGCCAGGGGUCGAUUGGGUGGUGAUUACGAGUCACAGAUACGUGCACAUCGCAAGAAGACGGGCGACCCCAGUUCGAUACCGAAUAAGUUCUUCAAGGGUGUUUAUGCAGAUGAGGAAAAAGAGAAACCUAGGUAUGAGAGGCGACCGGGUCUACCGCUGUUGACGCGAGAGCAGAGGAAGGCCAGAGGAUUGCCCGAGCAUGGUCGCCUGUCGUUCAAGGUCACGGAACAGAUUCUCAAAGAACAAGGCCGAAAUGAGUCGCUCACGCACAUGAAGAGCUCUGCUAAUGUGAAAGAUACUUCAACGCUUGUCUAUGGAGAACGCAUACAUGAUGGCGAGGAAGAGCUCGAGAUAGGACAGCAAACCGGCAUAUCGUCGGGUAUCGGGAACGUGGAAGAACAGGUUGAUUCAACCGCUGAUGAAGACGUUACGAUGCUUGAUGACCUUGGAAGCCGCAACGGCGUAUCCCCGGCCUCUCAACAGCCUCUGAACGACAUAUCGGUCGAGGCUCCGGCUACACCACAGUCCUUGGAUUCCAUUGCGCAGGGGUCACCGCCACGAAGUCAGCUAAAGCGCCCGUACACUGAAGUUAGGAAAAAGCGCGGACGACCAAAGAAAAGGAUCCAAAAGAGCACUGAUGACCCUAGGACUCAAGCUCCCUCAAUCGAAGACCAUCCUACAGAGCUGGAUAAUGAUUCUUUAAUUAACGAACCGGUAGCCACCGGACUGGUAGAGGACCCGGUACCAGAGCUUGCCGCCUCUGAGGCUUCAUUGCAGACGGCCACCACGCCUUCGCAAACUCCGAAGGCUUUGGCGAAGGGACGUCGAGGCCUCCACAAGAAGGCUGUAGAACCUAAACCAGAAGUCCCACUGACCGAAGCCGAACUGCAUGUUCAAGCAGUCAAAGCACAAUAUGAUGAUCGCGUGGAGCCCGGAGUGUACGUGAACCCGUACGCUACCAAACCCGGGAAGGGCGGACGUGGUAGACCAAGGAAGAUGUUCAUCGCGACGUUCAAGCUGCCAGGCUUGCACAAGCUCGACUGGUUCAUCCCCGAAGUGGGGUAUCCAGGUCACUCAAGCACUCUUUCAAUCACGCCUGCCAAGUCUCCUGCUGAGGAACGGUCUUCCCGUUUUGCAGAAGACGUGACUGCAGCCCCCUCGCCCUCGUGCCCUGCUACUGAUGUCUUACCAGACCUGGGAUCUACGCCUUCUGCCCAGUUUCAGCCUGCUGCGACAGAACGAGAGCCCUCUAUCCCGGGCGCGGUGUCCCUACCUUCCAUUCAACCUACAGAACCGCAGGUUGAUACGGCUGAUGCAAUCGAUUCGCAGGAAACGGUGCCAACCCCAUUAUCCGCACCUGUACCUAUAGGUGGUGGGACAUCUGUGGAAGUUGAUGAGCCUUCUGGCGCCGUUCAUGCGUCGUCCGAAAUAGCGAGCGAGCUCCCUUGGCCUACCAAGAUCUCCCUUAGAGCCGAUGAACUACAUCCUGGAGUCCUCGAUGUAGCAGAGGCAUUGCGACGAAGCGCAAGUUUGGCAAGAAGCCGAGCACCGAAUGAUCGAGUGACGCCAGACGCCGUGGAGCAUGCCUCACAGUCUGAGCAAUCCGUUUCGGAAGUGCAUGAAGCGGCUGUCUCUCCACAAGAUACAGCAUCUGCUCAAUUGAGCUCGGGUGCGCGGAGGGACUCAUCAAGAUUACCACCUGCCAUGGAUAAUGCAAAUCUAGUCCGUACUGCCCCGUAUCAGACCCCUCAUGGUCUCGCGCCAUUUGAUGAACCACCUCGGCUCCAGACGUCAAACGCAGACCACGAAGCAGUCUCAGUCGUUGACAAUAUCCCUCACGAGACCGCUUCGCGGGAUUCACCCUUUGUCGUAGAAGAAGCCGUGUCUGUCGAGCCAUCCCAGAAGAAGGAGGUCAAGAUCGGUCGAGGCGUAAUUCUCGGCAAAGGGAGCGUUGCUCAUGCACGCUCACGAAUCAUCAGACACAUUCUGGACCUCUGUGGCGGUGUCUUCCCAGGAACGGAGGUCAUGUAUCCCAUAUUCACAUCCGUAUGGGAAGAGCUCGGGCCAAAGUCUGUCGCAUGUCCAAUCCCGGGUACUGUCCGAAGAGCAAUCAUAGAUUUGUGCCAUCCUCACUCAGAUCUGAGGGAAAUGAAGUUUAAAGUGCCUCGCAACGACCUUCCGGGUAAUAAGACCAGGUCUGUGUUCUUCUAUAAGCAUCUCGAGUUCAAUAGUCCUGAGGUUCAGAGUGUGGUCAAGGGGGUGAUUCAAGCAUACCCAGAGAAGUACUGCCCGCCUGGAGUGAAACGGUACUGGAAAGAGGAAGUCAAGCCUGUUACUGUGAUGCCGAAGAUCGACAACUCCUACUUCGAAGAGCUCUACGCUCCGACAUCCCGGAGACUGGACGAACGUAUCAAGGAAGCCAGGAAAGAGCGAAGGAGGCUUGCCAAAGAGGCUUUGCAACGACAGCGAGAACUAGAGAAAGCGGCCAAGAAAGAGGCGAAACGAGUGGCGAAAGAUCAGAAGCGUGAAGAGAGAUUAGAGCAUUCGGGGUCCCGUCGAAAGUUGUUCAAAGAGCGUCAGAGGCUUGGAGGUCUCCAUGACGGUUCGCAAAUUGGGAUAGGUAACCAAUACGUUCCUCCAAAGAUGACCGAACCUUCGCAGCUCCCUCAACAGUCUCUAGAGACUGUACCUGUACCUGAAUCUUCGGACGAAGAACCGUUGGUCAACACGCGUCCGCGUCUUCAGAAUGCAAUUGAGGAACCAACACAUACCACCACAUCCCAUCAAGACGGUCAAUCAUCCACCCAAGAGCCUCUUUACUUCGCGUCUUCUGAUCAUGCUGCCGCACUAAUGUCUCCUGCAAUAGGCUACCAUUCGACUACUCAUACUUUCUCGACUGGUCUCAUAGUUGGUGCGCCACCAGAACUUGAGAGUUUUAAGAAGAGCCGUAAACGUGUUAGGAUCGAACAACCGGCGGACCAGACUCCUCGCAAAAAGCCUCGAAAAUCUCGUUCUACCAACAACAGUCGGGCGAAGCAAUCAGGAAACGAUUUCCUGGCACGUCAUCACAUUGAGAUCCAAGAAAGUUCGGAUGAAGACGACGAUGAUGAGCAGGAUGAAAUUGAUGUGGAGACUUCGCCUACAUUAGCACAACGCCUUGCAGGUCUGACGGGAGAUCUCAAUCAGCCUGAUUAUGAGCCUGCCAAGAGGAAGAGGAGGCCCCCUGUAUGGUCUGAGCCUCGAGAUCGACGUCGCAGAGAUCGAACAAGACGUAAGUAUAUUGCGGUCAAGGGAAGAACAUACCCAGAAACCUUCGAUCCUCAGGGCGAAUUCAGAAAGUUGUGCUACACUUUGAUCAUCGCAUCUAGCAUGGCUGGAGAAGACGGGAACGUCGACUGGAACAUUGUGAAGAAGGUGUACAUUGAGUCUCCUCGCUUUGACCUAGAGAAGACGAAGAAGAGGUGGGCUUGGAUGCAGAAGAAAAUGGCUCCUCAACUCCAGGGCAUGACUGGGUCGUUUCAGUCGCAAUUUCUAAGCGCAUAUGAAGAAGGUAAGGUCGACAUGAUAGAAGACCCGAGCACAUACGACUGGGGCAAACUGGUGCGUUGGGCCGUGCUGACUUGCACCUGCCUCGAACCGCCCCUCCCGCUCGGUCGUGAAGCGUUAGGUGACUAUCAAUUUGACCUCUCGAGCUACGACAUCCUGGACCGCAAGGUUUGGUACAACACUACCUUGGCGAACAUCAACCGCGAUGAGCGUUUCAUCAGAUAUACGUUCGGGAGCCCGCUACACGGGAAGCGCAAGCUGACCACGCCUGGAGAUGAAGAUGACCUGAAGGCUCGCUCCUUGAUACGCGCGAACAUCUCAACUCCUAAAGAACUCUACGAUAAGGAAUUGGCACAUGAAGAGCUUAGAAAGCUUCCAGAACCAGUGAUCGGGCGCUCAGUCAACGACCUUCUCCAGGCUAACUUGAUCAAGCAACGCAAAAUCAAACGACUCCUACCUGGCCGCAACUACCACUUCAGUCCCAGUUUCGCCAAACACUAUCGGCGUACAUUUGAGUUGUCAGAUUUCAUGACUGCUGUACAACUGAAGAAGGACUUGGAUGCUGCGUUUACGAACGCUGAUCUAAACAAGCGCACCUACUUCGUAUCUCGGGCCGCCGAGAAUGGUACUGUCAUGGCACUUAUCUCGCUAGCCAGCGAAAGCAAGAUCAAGCUAGUUCCCCAACUCCCACCCAUCAAUAAUGACUUUGAUGCGCCUAUUCCGCGCAUUUCAGUCUGGGGUUUCUCCGAAGGCGACUACCAACAUCGGCACAUGGAUCGCAAACGUCUUUUCUGGCCGCUUGCAGUAGAGCCAACGGAUCACUACGAAUACGGCAAUCCGCUCCGCCCAACACUACCUCCACCUGCUCCUACAGAAGAGACGUCCAUCGCCUGGGAUCCAAUGCCAGAGCCGCCACUUCCUGCGCGCGAUCAGGACCUCAUCACGCUUCUACCUGUUUGGAGCACCAUCGAUGGACGAACGGCCAUUUAUCCAUGGUGGAACCGCAUUCUCAACAUCGUCGUCCAAGCCCUCCUCUUCCAGCCCAGCAUCACAGCACAAGAGAUCUUCGCUCGUUGCGAAACCUACACCACCGAGCUCUUUGAGAUCCAGCUCGUCCUCGACUGGCUCAUCACUGUUAAUGCUGCGAAACGGUCCCCACACGGGACGCACGAGCUACUACCGGGCUACUGGGCUGUCUUCGGCGACAAGCUGAUCGACGAGGAGAAUGACGAGUUCGGCGAGCACGUCAGGCGCUACAAAACGAACAGGAAGCUAGUGCCUACUUGGCGGACGGAGUACAACAAUGAGUACAACCUCCGGUCGCAGCAGAGCAGUAAUGCCGCGAAGAUUACUCCAACGGCGGGCAACGAGGCAUCUGCCGGUGAGCAGAUUCUGGGUAAUGUGAGGAAGCAGUAUACGAUUGUCAAGCAUGCGCUUCAGAAUCAAAAUUCGGCUGACGCACUCUCGGUUGGAGAAGCUCCGUCUGGCGAGGCUGUCACGGCAUCGCGGCCGGCUCAGGCGCCGCAGGAGCAAGUUGUGAUUACCACGCCGACUCCUGCUGCAACGCCCUCUACUACGACGCAAGAUGUCGAGAUGACGGAUGCAGAUGCUGAGGGUGAGAGCGAUGUAGACGCUGAAGGCGAGUCGGAUGAUGAGUACCUGUGA